CUUGAUGGAUUUUGUGACAGCCCUGACUAAACUCCAAGAGGCGUCUAGCUGUCCCAUCUGUCUGGAGUACUUGAAAGACCCAGUGACCAUCAACUGUGGGGACAACUUCUGUCGCUCCUGCCUCAGUAUAUCCUGGAAGGAUCUAGAUGAUACCUUUCCCUGUCCUGUUUGCCGUUUUUGCUUUCCAUACAAGAGCUUCAGGAAGAACCCCCAGCUCCGUAAUUUCACUGAAAUUGCUGAACAACUCCAGAUUAGGAGGAGCAAGAGAAAGAGACAGAAAGAGAUUGCCAUGUGUGAAAAGCACAAUCAUUUUCUGUCCCUCUUUUGUGUGAAGGAUCUGGAGAUCUUAUGUAUACAGUGCAGUUUCUCCGCUAAACACCGGAAGCACUACAUUUGCCCUGUUAAGAAAGCUGCCCCUUAUCACAGAGAAAUUCUAGAAGGUAGCCUUGAGCCCUUGAAGAAAAAUAUAAAACGAGUUGAAAAAACGAUAAUUCUGCAAAGCAGCAAGUCAGUGGAGCUGAAAAAGAAGGUAGAAUAUAAGAGGGAAGAAAUAAAUUCUGAGUUUGAGCAAAUUAGAUUGUUUUUACAGAAUGAGCAAGAGGCUAUUCUUAGGCAGAUACAAGAUGAAGAGAUGGACAUUUUAGCAAAACUAAAUGAAAACCUUGUAAAAUUUUCAGAUUAUGUUUCUACUUUAAAACAUCUACUGAGGGAAGUAGAGGGCAAGUCUGUGCAGUCAAACCUGGAAUUACUGACACAGGUUAAGAGUAUACACAACAGGUAUCAAAACCUAAAACGCCCUGACCUCUUUUCAUUUAGAUUAACAAAAUAUGGUGUCAGUCUUCCUCCUCAAUACUCUGGCUUGGACAGAAUUAUCAAGCCAUUUCAAGUAGAUGUGAUUCUAGAUCUUGACACAGCACAUCCUCAACUUAUUGUCUCUGAGGAUAGAAAAGCUGUGCGAUAUGGAAGAACAAAACCAAACAUUUCUUACAACCCAAGGAGAUUUUAUGCCUGCCCUGCUGUCCUGGGGUCUCAGAGAUUUUGUUCUGGCCGACAUUACUGGGAGGUAGAAGUGGGAAACAAGCCUAAAUGGAUACUGGGUGUGUGUCAAGACUGUCUUCUUAGGAACUGGCAGGAUCAGCCAUCAGUUGUGGCUGGAUUCUGGGCAAUUGGGCGAUAUAUGAAGAGUGGUUAUGUUGUGUCAGGUCCUAAGACAACCCGGCUUCUGCCAGUAGUAAAUCCCAGUAAGAUUGGUAUUUUUCUGGACUAUGAAUUGGGUGAUCUUUCCUUUUAUAAUAUGAAUGACAGGUCUGUUCUCUAUACUUUUAAUGAUUCUUUCACAGAAGCUGUUUGGCCUUAUUUCUAUACUGGAACAGAUUCCAAACCUCUUAAAAUCUGUUCAGUAUCAGAUACUGAAGGAUAAAGAACUGGUUAAUGAGUCU